CAACAACCGCCAGAGCCUCGUUUUUGGAGAGCGACAUUUCUUCUUCGCACUUCUUGACCACAAGCACCCCGCCUUUGCUCGACACCAAUUGCUGCUUGAAGGCCGCGACCGCUCCAACUGAAGCUUCGUAGAACCGACUUGGACAUCGCAAAAUGGUUGAGCGCGCGAAAAAACCUUCUGCGAUUCCCAUCUCGCCCACCUCCAACACCCCACAGCCAGUUGUGGACAUUUCAGAAGACGGUGGCCGAGUUACAGCGCGGCUGCCAACCGGUGAGAGCGUUGAAGUGCUGCUGCAUGGCGCCACCGUAAUCUCCUGGAAGUGCGGUGGGCAGGAGAACCUGUGGUUGAGCGAUGCUGCCGUUCUGGACGGCUCGAAGCCAGUUCGGGGUGGAAUACCCGUUGUCUUCCCGGUCUUCGGUCCACCCCCUAAAGACCACGCAACGUCGGCCCUGCCCCAACAUGGGCUGGCCCGAAAUGUUCGGUGGGAGUUCUUAGGCAAGUCAACGUCAGAAAGCGACGUCGUCAAGGGUUCAGACGAUAGUGUAAAGCUCGACUUUGGACUGUACAGCACGGCGGUUCCAGAGGAGCUGCGCAAAAAAUGGCCGUACGACUUCGGCCUGGUUUACAGUGUCACUCUCAGCCGUGAUUCUCUGCAAACCGUUAUGCAGGUUCGAAAUGAGGGAAAGGAGGCAUUUGAAUUCCAAAUUUUGCUGCACACGUACUUGCGCAUCGACGACAUCACCACCACGACGGUCAACGGGCUGGGCUCUGCCACGUACACUGACAAGGUUCUCAACGCAACCCAGCAUCAACAAACUACGCCAACAGUCAGCGUCACUGGCGAAAUCGACCGUGUUUACCACAACCUAAAGCAGUCUACCACGUCUGUCCUCGCCGCUGGUAAGCCCCGCUUUGACGUUAUCCGUGAUAACAUGAACGAUACCGUAGUCUGGAACCCGUGGAUCGAAAAAGCAAAGGGAAUGGGCGACUUCGAGCCCAAAGACGGGUACAAGAAGAUGAUAUGUAUCGAGGCCGGUGCUGUGAGCGAAUGGACGAAGCUCGAUGCCGGAGAGGGUUGGGAGGGUGGCCAGGUCAUUAAGGCUCUGCUGUGAAGUGAGGGAAGGAACUACGAGGAUGAUAUACACGGCAUGAGAUAUGAUUUCAACUCGGGUCAAGAAAGCUCGCUUUAUGAUGCGAGGAAAACGUGCAGGCACACAGCAUAGGAGGCUGGCUUACAAGAUCGGCGUGCGGAUCGAACGCGAUGCCAAUAUCGUGGCAAGAGUUCAUCUUGUACUCUCAGAAUAAGCAUUCUCAUACUAGUGGUGUUACACCUCUCUCUUUUCUAUUUUUG